CUAUAAGUUUAUUGUUUUGAUAAUUUCCCAUCUAACAAAAAUGGGUACAAAAAAUAAACACAAAAAGAGUGCAAAACAAAAGGAAACAAGUAUAGAAGAGGAAAAUAAAGAUGUGGAUGUUCCAAUUGUUGAUAUUCCUGAAGCGGCGCAACCGGCCGAUGUGACCAUGCCGGAUCAGCUGGAUUUAGAAGGCGAGCAGAAAAAGAGCUAUAGGAAACGCAAAAAGCAUUACUACAAUGCUAUACGGGCGCAAAUGGAAUUUUACUUUGGUGAUGCCAAUCUGACUAAAGAUCGUUUUUUAAAACAGCAACUCGAUAAAGAUCCAUAUGUUCCCUUAGAGAUUUUCAUGACUUUCAAUAAAAUGAAAGCUUUGACAUCAAAAGUCGAGGAUAUUGCGAAAUCAUUAAGUAAUUCUCAGCUGCUGGAGUUGGACGAAACCGAGCAAAAGGUGAAGCGUAAAAUACCUUUAGCGGAAAAUCGUAAUGUUGAUGAGAAAACUUUAUAUGUGGAGGCUUUGCCAUCAACUGCGGAUCAUGAAUGGGUGAGACAAAUUUUUGAGAGAUUUGGCAAAGUUGCCUAUAUAUCCCUGCCAAAAUACAACAAAUCGCGCAAAAUUAAAGAGUUUGGCUUUGUGGAAUUUGAAAAGGAAGAUAGCGUUAGUAAGGCGAUUAAAUCGUUCAAAGAGUUUAAUGGUGUACUGUGCAUGCAAGAAAAAGAUCCAUCCGAUUUGACCAGUGUAAAAUCAUACAUUAAAGAACAGUCUGGCGAAAAGGAAGAGUUAGAGGAAGCAGUUGCUGUGGACAGCAGGAAAAGAACUAAAAACGAAGAAAUUAAGGAUGAAACAGAGCCAAAAAUUAAGAAAUGCAAAACAGAAACGCAAGAUGAAUCGGAAGAAACUUCGAAUACCGAAAACGCAGCGACAUCUCAAUCUGAAUGCGAGACAAUGGCCGAGGGCACAGAAGGGAAAACAGACGAGAGCCUUAAGAAAAAGAAACGCAAAAGGAAAAAGAAAUCGAAAACAACUGAAACACUAAAACGUAAAGCUGAACUCAAUACUGAUGUAGCAUAUUAUGAGUUGAAAAUAUUGCCGAAAAAAGAUUGGAAGCGUCUACGCAACAAAUACCUAAAUCUUCAGCGGGAAAAAGUGACCGAAUUAAAACGUAAAGCUUGGCGUGAACAACAAGAAUUAAAACAACAACAGAAGGAAGCUGCAGUGACGGAAGAUAAUUCUUUACUACCGGCCAGCCAGCAGGAACAAAAGAAGAAUUCUAAAACUAAUGCUAAACACAAAUUGCAGAAGAUGAAUAUGAAUUUCUAUGGAGCUGCUGAAGAAGAGCCUCCAACAAAAGUAAGCAUUAGCGAAAAACUUCCCCAACAAAACCCCGCCUUAGAAAGAGCACCCUUAUUUACCUACGAACCGGGUCUUAUAGUAGAAGUUACCUUUCUGGAGCCUUGUGUUAAUAUUAAGGAAUUUAAAGCCGAUAUGCGUCAAUAUAGCUCUGUGAAAUAUGUUGAUAUUAAAGAGGGUGCUAUGCAGGCCUAUCUACGACUGGAGUCUCCCAAAAAAGCCAUCGAAUUUGUUCAACAAAUCAGCUGUGCUGAAUAUCAAUGCAAAAUUUUAAGUGAUGAAGUUGAAUCAAACUACUGGCAAAAAAUCGAAAAAGAUCGAGAGCAAAAACUCAAUAAACAAGUGAAAAUUCCACAGAAAAGAGGUAGGGAGAAAGUUAAAAAGUUGAUAACUAAACAUAUACGUUUUGGAGAUGAUGAUGAGUGAAAUAAAAGUUGUGAGUAAUGAAGCUGAAA